AAGAAUCGACGAGUGCGCUGCGCAGUGCGCAUUACGUCAAUCGCAAAAGUACAUUGAAAGGGCAACCGUGUGAUUCCUUCGCUCUUUUUCGAAUGCGCUAUUUUCACAGCUGUUCUUACCCGUCAAAAUAUUUCGAGUUGCGGACACAACAAAAUUAAGGUCCGAAGUUUUUUAUCUUGCAUUCCUGCAUGUUUGGAAAAACGCUGGUCUGUACAUUUGUAUGAAAUAGUAGAAAAAUUAGUAAUUUUCAGCAAAAAACCUGAAAAUACAUAAUUUGGAUAGCCCUAAAGUGAUCGAGAAAAGAAAAAAACUGAUUUUUCCUCACUGUUUCUUCUUGAACCUCGAGUUUAGUUGAUUCUAUUUGUGUUUGUAUUCUCUCUGCUGGUAUUGAUUUUUCCCUUGAGACAAGCCUGAAAUUUGUCAUCGAUCAAACAUCCCGCGUUGAGUCCGUGCUCUAUAGUUUUGGCAAUUUUAUUAUUUAUUUUUUAAAUAGAGCCACAAAGAAACACACUGCACCGAGAGCCUUACGUUGUACUAUAAAUUUAUUGUUAGAACAAAACAUGAGUAUAACAGAUUUAAAAUAAAUAAAAUUUAAAUUACAAUCAACUUGAUAAAAAAACAGACGGUGUGAGCUCAAAGCCAAGAAGUGCUGAGCAGAUGUUAAAAUAAUUAUAAACAAAAUUUUUAAAUUUCUAUUAAAAGCUUUAGGUUAUUUUUAAAAGUUGUGUGUUGACUUGGAGCAAUUUUCCCCCUAAAUAUUACUGCGAUUGGCAGAAAAUGACUACAAAACUUGUAUCUGGAUUUGGCCUGAGCUGAGCCCCUGCGUUCUUUGCAGUGACGCAACUCGCUUUACUCCAAAGACGCGCAAGUUGCAUAGCGGCAGCAUUUUUUUUAAAUUAAAUAAUUAUUUGUGUUUGUCAAGAAGCAGACCGGGUGAGCUCAAAAUGAUUGGCUGGAGUUCCUGUUCCCCUGCCGGUGCGGGUAUCAAAAUUUGGCACUUUCCUCACUUUAUAUUCCUAUGUAUUACUUCAUUUCGCUUUUAAUAUUACGGUUUCUAAUAAAAACAAUAAAUUUAUGAAAUAUUUAAUAAAUAAAAAAAACCCUCCUCUAUAAAUGAUGCUAUAGAGUUUAAGAUUUGCGGUUUUCGCGGUAAAAUCACAACCGCGGUACUUGUGUCUACAUUUUGGAACCUCCGCAGUUGUGAAAUGCAGGGAUUGAAGGAAAGAAAUUUUAGUUGUGACCAAUACUAGUUAAAUUUCGACAAGUGUUUAAUUGCAAACUUUAAUUUUAAAUUAGUCCAGAGAAUUUUAGGAGGAAACAAUUAAAAUUAUGUUCUGCCUCCGCGACUGUAGGUGAGAUGCGGAUGCGGCUUACAUACCAUUUCUCCAUCAAACAGAAAAUAGAAGGCGGCCUCAAACUGAACAUCAACCCACGAGCCCAACCUGAAUUAAAUUUUUUACACAGAUAGGAUGGAGAGUGGAGGAAAACUAGAGCUUGUGCUGCUCUCGAUUUGCCUCCAGAUCUUCACAUGCGACUGCUCCUACGUCACUUAUCAACACAGGAAUCUUAACAGCUGGGAAAUUCUGAUCGGAGCAAAUGAAAAAGAAUUCGUGUACGACUUCUGCCGGUACGAUGCAUCAAACAACAAAGAACGGUGCCAUAAUCACGGAGAGGACACUUUAGACAUAAGGAAAAAAUGCAAUUGCACUUUGAAUAACACUGCAAACGGAGAGGACGGCUUUGCAUACUUCACCGUCAACUGCAACAAUGAAACACUUGACGACUUGGUAGGUGCCUGCCCACAAAAACUGACCAUCACUUACGAGCAAGACUACAUGCAUCAACCAGUUUUAAACGCGGAAGAGGCAGACGAAACCAGCAUCUGGAAGCUGCUUUUUUUCCUGUCGCUCUUGAUCAACGUGGUCUGUGGCGUCUCAUUGUUCAUGCGUAGAAACUACGAGUCAAUCGCUGUACGGAGAGAAUAGACAAAAAAUGAGCAGUUUAACAAGUGCAUGAAAAAUAAAAAAUAAAAUACGUAUAUAUAAAUAAAGUUCUUAAAGAGGAAUGAUACACUGCAAAAGCCUGGAAAAUUCUUGUUGCCAAUGCAUAAACUCAUCCCUUAGGAUUCAGUUAAAGCCUUAAUUGACCUAAGAAGCAUUGUAAUUUUUUGGGAAAAUUGGCUGGAAAGUUACCGUGCUUUUCAAAUGGCAAUUGAAAUCCGAUUUUAUUUCAAAACCAAGAGUUUCCCCAAUAAGUGGCAUACACCGUUGGACAGAUCUCGACGAGAGGAAUCGAAAUAUGCCAAGAAAAUUAUGUUCAAGCACUGUAAAUUUCGGAUAAAAUUGGCAAAAUUUGAAUUUUUACUGUAGGAAGGGCCGUUUUUAUUAUUGAAAAUUGUUUAUCGAUUAAUUGUUAAUGGCAUCCAACAAUUCAAAUAAUUUUCAAUUGUUGCCCAGUAUCAUUCCACUUUAAGGUGGGAGGAAUGAGCAAGGUAGAGAAAUGACAGUCAUUGUUUAAAAAUCACUUGAUGAACAUUAGAUUAUUGAUACAACCUUGAGCAUUUAAUAAUUUAUCUAAUAACAAACAUCACAAUGGAUGACAAGAAUUAGUCUGAUAUACACAUGGCAUUUUACAGUCAAUAUUUACCUUUGAGAUCUUAACUUAGUCUUUGAGCAUUAAUCGCACUUUUACAUAUUCUUGAUCAAACUUAAUUGAAUUAAUAUGUACAUUAAGCAUGUAAAUUAAUAACUUACCCCUAAGGAGGGUUCACAGAUUUUGUCAAACGAGUGGUAAGUGUCGAUAGCAUGCGGUUGUGUGUCGACCAUUAAUAAAACAUAAUCAAGGCGAAAACAGAAGAGCACGCUAUUUCACACGCGCAAAGGGGCGCGAAACACUACAUAAACAAUAUAUCUUUUAAAGGAUUUUACUGCAAAAUCCUAGAAAACGCCUGUUACCAAUGCAUGAAGUAAUCCAUUCGGGUUCAGUUAAAUCCAAUAUUGACCUACGUAGCCGUGCAAAUUCUUAAGAAAAUUGGCUGCAAAGUUAGCAUGCUUUUCUAAUGGUAUAGACUGUCUCUCUAUUUGGAAUCCGAUUUUAUUUCACAACAAAGAAUUUCCCUUAGAGGUUUCGUACGCUUGUGAACAGAUCUCAACGAGAGGAAUCGUAAUAUGCCAAGAAAAUGUGGUCAAGCGAUGGAAAUUUUGGAUAAAAUUGGAAAAUUUGAAUUUUUGAAGUAGCAAAGUCCUUUUUUUACUGCUUUUUGCUGCACCUAUAUGACUCAAACAAUUUUAAAUUGUUGUAUCCACUUAAACGAUGGCAUUGUUAAAAAUGUAAAAUGUUUUUUAUAAACACGCACAUUCAUUACACUUGCAAUUUGCUCGCUGCUUCCUAGUCGCCAGGGUGCAAAUCGAUCGGUGCCGUCUUAAAGUCUCCAGGGGCGCCUUGUCCAUUAAUUCUACCAUGAUUUUGUUAUGCGCUUCUAAAAUUUAAGAUAAUAAAUAAAGAUUUAAAUUAAAUUCGAUUUAUUUAUCACAAUUCCUUUUUUAAUGAAAAAUCACGAAUAUCAAUACUUUUUACUUAAUUCAACAAAACUGAUAAAUGAAACUAAAAUCAGGCAAUUUUUCA